UUUAAUUUAACUGAGGAAAUUAUUAAUUGAAAAUUUUAUUGCAUUUGCAAACAGUAUAAAAUUCUAUACAGGUUCAUGCUAGCCAAUACAACAAACCUUAAUUACUCUAUUGUUACAACAAAUAAAUAAACGAACGAAACGUAACGUACGACGAGCUUCGUUUGGUUUGGAUGAAUGAUGAAUGACAAAUUGACAGCCGAAUAAAAAUUACGGCGUGGAUUUAUGGGUUAAAAUUUUAGCAAACUGUCUGUUGCUUUUAUUAUGAACUAGUUACGAAAAUGAGAUUUUAAUACCUAUAUAUUAUAGGGAUUUUAGUAAAGAUAACUUAAAGUUUUUUUUCCUAAGAUAAUGACCGAUAUUUCAAAAGUUUUGGAGCAAAGUUUGUGCAUAUCAUCGUUAGUAGCACCGAGUGUUUCUCUUGUUUUCAUUGAGUUAUAGCAGUGGUGGAAAAUAUUGAAUGAAAUGGUGCCAUUAGUGCUUACUUUAUUAAAAUCGAAACAAAGUUUCAUUUGAUCGAAAGUCUGAGCAGUUUUUGUUGUCAAUAUGUAUCCAGCGCCGACGCGGCACCCGGCUGCCGCGGUAAGGGGACCACCACCUUCAUCAGGCCCCAUUAAGUUCACAAUAGCUGAUACUUUAGAACGUAUAAAAGAAGAAUUUAACUUUUUACAAGCUCAAUAUCAUAGUUUGAAAUUAGAAUGUGAAAAGCUAGCUAGUGAGAAGACAGAAAUGCAGAGGCAUUAUGUUAUGUAUUAUGAAAUGUCCUAUGGCCUUAAUGUAGAAAUGCAUAAACAGACGGAGAUAGCAAAGAGAUUGAGUGCUAUCAUAAGCCAGGUGGCACCAUUCUUGGCUCAGGAGCACCAACAACAAGUGGCCACAGCCGUCGAGAGAGCCAAGCAGGUCACUAUGUCUGAACUUAACGCUAUUAUUGGGCAACAGCAACAACAAGGUCUACAACAGCUUCUUCAGAUGCACGCGGGCGCGGGCCUACCGCACGGCGCGGGCGCGGGGCUGCUCGGCGCCGGCCUGCUGGGCUUCCCGGGCGCCGCGCCGCCGCCGCACCAGCCGCCGCAGCACAAGGUGGAGCUCCCGCCGCCGGCGGACAUAAAGCCCCCCGUGCUGCCGGGCGCGCCCCCGCUGCUGGCGGGACCACGCGAGAACGACCGCCUACUGGACUCCAGGGUGCUGCCAAGGCGACACUCCGUAUCCCCGCACGAACGCGAACAGAAGUACCGUCCGCGCUCGCCGGCCGAGCCGGAGGCGCUCGACACGAAGCGACGGAAGGAGGAGAAGGUACAACAUGACAGUGAUGCGGAGAAAAGUGACCAAGACUUAGUUGUUGAUGUAGCAAACGAGGAGGAGCGCGGGUCGCCCAGCGUGCGCGCCGACGCGGAGCGCGCGGAGAACGGCCCGCGCCCGCCCUCGCGAGGAUCUUCUUCCAGUCGCUCCACGCCCAAGAGCUCCAAGGACGAGAAGCCAGGCACGCCGGGCGGCAAGCCGGCUCGGGCGGCGACGCCGACGGGCCGCUACGGCUUCCCGCCGCUGGCCGCCUACCGCCCGCCGCACCUCGACCACGCCAGGACCAACGGCCAGCCGCCGCACAAGCCGGCAUACUCGUACCACACAUGCGGCGGGCCGCUCCAGCCGGUCCCCUUCCCCGCCGACGCGCUGGUGGGCCCCGGCAUCCCCCGCGGCGCGCGACAAGUCGCUGUCUUACCUCACGGAGAAGUCGUCUGCGCCGUGGCGUUGUCAGUCAACAAUGGAACGAGACACGCCUAUACGGGGGGAAAGGGAUGCGUGAAGCUGUGGGACAUAUCGAAUCCGGGGUCGCCUAAUACGCUAGAGCCAUUGUCGCAGUUGGACUGUUUGCAACGUGAUAACUACAUCCGUAGCGUGAAACUCCUCCCUGACGGACGCACGCUAAUAGUAGGAGGCGAAGCGUCAAACCUGUCAAUUUGGGACUUGGGCUCCCCCACACCGCGAAUGCGUGCCGAGCUGACAUCUUCUGCGCCCGCCUGCUAUGCUCUCGCCAUAAGUCCAGACUCUAAGGUGUGCUUCAGCUGUUGUUCAGACGGCAACAUCGCUGUAUGGGACCUUCAUAAUCAGACCUUAGUUAGACAAUUUCAAGGACACACAGACGGCGCAUCAUGCAUCGACAUCAGCGGCGACGGGUCCCGCCUGUGGACGGGCGGGCUCGACAACACGGUGCGCUCGUGGGACCUGCGCGAGGGCCGCCAGCUGCACCAGCACGACUUCAACAGCCAGAUCUUCUCGCUCGGCUACUGCCCCUCGGGAUCAUGGUUAGCAGUAGGCAUGGAGAACUCGCACGUGGAAGUCCUUCACGCGGGCAAACCGGACCGCUACCAACUACUACUGCACGAGUCGUGCGUGCUCGCGCUCAAGUUCGCACACCAGGGCAAGUGGUUCGCGUCCACCGGCAAGGACAACCUGCUCAACGCGUGGCGGACGCCCUACGGCGCCAGCAUAUUCCAGUCGAAGGAGUCUUCAUCGGUGCUCAGUUGUGAUAUAUCAGCGGACGACAAGUUCAUUGUGACCGGCUCGGGCGACAAGAAGGCCACCGUGUACGAAGUCCUGUACUGAACAACCACUGGUCUACAAUAGGUUCAUUGUAUAAUAUGUUGUGUUCCUGCACAGGUUGGUAGAGUAUGCCUAAGGAUGGUAUUCCACCUGUCCAAUUUCUUUGUCCAAUCUACAUUGCGUCUCUGACUCUCAUUAAGCAAAAUGUGAGAUGCAAAUACACAUUGGACCAAGAAAUUGAACAAAUAGAAUACCAACCUAAACUUACUUUGCAACGAUCUGAACAGAACAAAGUGAGGUCAUAUUUUCAUAGAAAUUUGUCAUUAAUGACGACAUUGCCACUCUUAGUCACUGAGUGAGCUUGGUCAGACUAUCUUGAUACACAGUCAAGAAAAAACAUCAGAUGUCUUCAUGUAGACAUUUGUACAAUUUUCCAUUCAAGCAAUUUUUUUUUUGAUACUAUUUAUAUCCAAGAAUUGGCUAACAUAGCUGGCAUAUACGUAUGCCGGACUAGACACUUUGACGGCAAGCUUAUGAUCAUUAAGCUGUACAGGGUGCCUAGCCAAGGUGACAGUUGUUUGCGCUACGAUAACGAAACGCUUUGUAUCUCUAUCACUUUCCCACAUUAGUGCCAUAGUGACAGUUGCGUGUCGUUCGCCACGGAGCGUAAACGAUUAGCAUGUUGGCUACGCACCCAGUACUGAUGAUUCGCAUGAAACAUCCUAGGCUCUCUUUUGUCAACAUAGUUAUUUGUAAAAAAAUAUGUAAUUAGUGAACAUUGGCAUUUAAAUAAAUUCCGAGCGCCCCCAUUAUUGGGAUUUGGUCCUAAAGAUUGUUAACUAAAUAUUUGUAUUUAAACACAUAUCAUACAAAAAAAGGAAGCUGGCAAAGUGGAGAAGACUUAGUAGGAAAGCGGACCCUGGCACCAGGCCGGGAAAACGCUAGGUUGAAAAAGGAGAUACAUAUCAUACAUAAACCCUCUAUGAUGCGUCCAUAAACCGCAAAUUACGACCAGCAUAAAGAUAAACUGUUUUUUAGAACAAAUUUCAUAUCUGAAAUAAAUUUUAUUAUUGCAUAGUUAUGAAAAUGAUAUGAAAAAAAAAUCAUUUCAGACUUUUUAAAUCCAUAUUUUUGUUAGUUACACAUGUAAAAAAAAUGGUUAGUAAAAUUAUGAAUAUUAAUAAAUUAAUAAAAUUAAAAUUAAUCAACAAACAUAAUCCUAUAAUAAUAUUUUCCGGGUGAUAAGACUCGACUGCGUGUGUUUUCUCACCCAAAACAAUAAGAUAUGAUUGUCCCAUCUCUCAGCAAUGGCUUUCAGGAUGCUGAAAUUUUGACGACAAACAUGGCCUAGUGGGUAGUAACCCUGCCUAUGAAGCCGAUGGUUCCGGGUUCAAAUCCUGGUAAGGGCAUUUAUUCGUGUGAUAAGCAUGGAUAUUUGUUCCUGAGUCAUGGAUGUUUUCUAUGUAUUUAAGUAUUUAUAAAUAUGUAUACCUAUAUUAUAUAUAUCGUUGUACCCGCAACAAAAGCCUUAUUGAGCUUACCGUGGGACUUACAAGGAAGGGUACCCAACUGUCCGGUUCCGAUUUGUUUUAUAUUUAUAUAUGUCAUAGAGUAGUCUAAAAUAGCGGACACGUAUUUUUUUUUAGCUGCCCAAACUCAACCUAUUGGCUAGUUUGAGUAUAAUAUACUUUAUUUUUUGCUGCUUUCAAACAUAAUAUGUUUGAAAGCAGCAAAAAAUAAUGAGCACGUGUUUUGUUAUAUCGGCUAAAACUCAUUUUUUCCUAAAAAAAUCGACAUUCGAAGUUUUAUAAAAUCUUAUCGCUAAAGUUAUACAUAAAGACGGGUGUUUUUUUAGGAAAACUUGAGUUUAAGCAGAUAUAACAAAACACGUGUACAUUAUUUUUUCCUGUUCUCAAACAUAUACUCAAACAAGCCAUUAACUAGCAAGUUGCUUGAGCAUCGCUUUCUAUAGGAGUUAGAAGAUUUAGUAACUUUUUAGUACUUUGGAGGACAAUUUCUCCCAAUAGGUUGAGUUUGGGCAGCAAAAAAAAAUACGUGUCCGUUAUUUUAGACUGCUCUAUAACAUAUAUAAAUAUAAAUCAAAUCGGAACCGGACAGUUGGGAACCUUUCCUUGUUAGUCAAUUUGUGUAAUAGUGUCCUAUAAUAUUUAUUUAUUUAUUAUUAAUAUCAGUCGAGAUAACGUUUUAUUCGGAAUGAAAGUGUCAAUUGCAAACAGUUUUGACAAAUCUCGCAUGUUGCUUGAUAUCAUAUACGAUAUGGCAGUUGGGGCCGACUCUAGUUUGUCUAUGAAAAAAAAAACGGUGAAAAUGAAAACAUUUAUCGCCAUUUGGCGUUCAAUUUAUCUUUUGAUUAGUUUUAAUAAAUUCAUUUGUUUUGUUGUAUAUAAAGUAACUAUAACACCAUUUUCGUGUAAAAUGAGCAAUCAAGAUAUUUGGGAGACGCCAUCCGAUAUCGGCAACAGAGCAACGAUGCCGCAAUGCCAGUCGUAGCAUGCGGUUCCUGAACACAUCAUAGAGAGCUUAUAAUAUGUAUGUAAAUAAGACUGUACACAAUUAGGCAUUAAAUUAAAACACUCGUGUGAUCCUAUUAUGAACUCUUUUUUAAUACCUUUCAUUAUGUAGCAGUCACAUAAACUAUUAUAGGCGCUACCUGUAUUGUAAGCAUUGGCUUCGUGAUAAACCCAUUUUCACUGUCUUCAAUCGAGUAAGAUCUGUCAAAUCGAGAUUGUGAUAUUAUUCGCUAUUUGUAUUUUUUUCUUUAUUUGUGCAAUAAAGAUUAAAUAAAUAAAUUAUUAUGACUCACGUGACUUUUAACCUAAACUUGGACAUAGAACCUAUUUGUGUUGUACAGACAGACUGAACGCUGCUGCUGAUGCGAAUUUCAUAAUCGGCAUAACUAUUAAAGUAAAAAUUCAUAAGAUAUAUCAAAUUUUAAUUUGAGAUUUUCUUACCAAACAACUAAAAUCAUCGAGAACCUAUUUACAAAUUUUAUAGGUUUAUCAUUUAUUUAUCAAAAACUAUUCUUUUUUUUAUAGAAAUCAAAAAUGCUGUCGCAAGCCGACGCACUUUGAUGGCGACGUAUUUAUGUUUCUUUUUUUCUAUUAGAAAAUUUAGAAAUGUCAGUAACAAGAAUUAUUAUACAAGAGACUAAGCAGCAUCAAAGAGAAUUUGAAAUAGAUGUGGCUUGUCAAAUUACACUUUUAGUUAUAUAACUUUGUAGCCACAGUAAAUUUACAGCCAUCUUUCGACACAUGAUUAAAACUUUUAGAAUGCCAUUUUACUUUGAUCUAAGGAUCUUCUUUCACUAUUUUUGCAUGCUAGUACAACCUGUUUAGUACAAAUAGCAGAAUAAGCAAUCAAUUGUCACUUACCACCUAAGACACUUUUGUACCUACUUAUUCUUUGAAAAUAAAUACAUACAUACAUACUAAAAGUUUUGAUCGUGUGUCGAAAGAUGGCAGUAAAUUUACUGUGGCUACAAAGUUUACUUUGACAAUCCACCUCAAUUUCAAAUUCUUUUUGGCAGCAUAUAUAACUAUUUUUUAAGCAUUUAUUUAAUUCUUGUAAAAAUAUUAUAAGAUUCAUUUUAGUUUAAAGUACGAUCAUUUAUCAUUGUCACGCAUAUCACUCUUAUGUAUGCGAGUAUAUAGUGAACGCUUACGUUAAGCCACGGGUUAGGAAUCUACACUCACUUCUAUGUAUUGUAUAAAAUGUUACUAUUAGCGAUUUUCGCUAAUAAUAAAAUUUAAGGCUAAGUGUAGUUUUUAAAGUAACUAUUAGAUGAAUGUUGCACGGUUACGGAUAUUUUAGUGUUAUUGUAUAUUUUUAUAAUAAAAUUAAAUACCAUUUAUUACUUUUUAAGUUCAAUCUAAUGCAGUUGUAUAAAAACGUCAAAAAUAUGUACUAUUAAAGAGCCGGCUCUAAUAAGAUCCAUCGACUUUACAGUACAGUCAAGUGUAAAAAUAUGGGUGUACACAUCUUACUCAAAAAUAUGUCCCAUAGCAUCUUAUUCCAGUGUAAUAAGAGCGUAGUACCAUAUUUAUGAGACGAUUCUCUCGAUACAUAUUUUUGCAGCUGAUUGUACGAAGACGAAAAAUAGACUAAUCCGAAUUUCAUUGUGCGAAUAAAUCGUUUACCGAGUUUUCCCGGUUAUAUGGGCAUUUAUAAAAUUAAGAACAAAUGUGUAUAAAAGUAUAAGAAAUAUAAGAAUAUUUCAUAUCCUCUGGUGACAACAUUAAAAUAAAAGAUACCUAACAAAUUUAUUUUUGGUUAGAGUAAGACCAAGCUAAGUUGGCGGCGAUUUUGAUAGCCCAGAAUGUGCAAGUGUUAAGUAAACGUCAUAAUUACACAGAAGUUAUAUAUUAUUAUAUCGUCAUAAGGACACUUGCACUGUCUGGGCUGCCAACAUAUCUUGUUCUGACUCUAGUGGCGUUUUUGCACAGCUGCGUUUCAUUAGGUAAAAUAUUUUGACGUCCAUUUCUUACUUCUAUUUAUUACAGAUAGAUAUUUAGUUUGAAACGAGGUUAUAUGAAUUCCAGACUGAAAUAAUUUUCUACAUAACUAUGUUUAUUUUCGUAAGUGUUGUUUCUUAAUACCAGUAUAAAUAUUUGUAUAUAAUACUUUGAUCGAAAUAUUUCUGCGUAUAUUUUUCUUCAUCUUGCCUUUAAAUGCAACCUAAAUAAAGGAAUGUUAAACAAUGAUGUUAUGUAACUGUAUAUAGACAGGUUAUACUCAUACAUAAGGCAACAAGACAAACACGAAAUUAUACUUCCAUAUUUAUUUCUAUACUGACGACGAAAUCUGUUAAUUUUCAUUAAUUUACGCAUUCCAUUUAUCUUUGUCAUACUCGUUGUUAAACAUCAGCUUAUCUUUUUCUCUUUCGGUGUGCGGGAGCUCGUUAGCAUACGUACAACAUUUCUAGCUUGCUUAAGCGCGAUUAAGGCGGUUAUCACACGUUACUGGAUGCGAUUCGCACGUCGCUCCGAUGUGCCCACAGGAAGGAUGGCUUUAAUACAUGCAUAGCGUCGUCUCGCUCGAACAUCGGAGAGACGUGCGAAUAGCAUCCCGUGUGAUAUCCGCCUAAAGGAAACUUGUACAAUUUUGUCAAGGUAAGCGCUUCAAUUUUGCAACGCGUUUAACCUAUCUUGAGUUAUAAUAUCAUUAAAAUUAUAACUAUUUUAAUUUAAGAGACAUUUAUAUUAAAUUGUGGCUACAGUCCGCCAGAAGAUCUGGAAAUGGCACAUUGUAUUUGAUUUGUUGUAUAUUUAGUUUAAAGGCACGUAAGUUUUACUCUAGAUUGCGUUUUUGUAAGAAAUACAUAUAAGUGAAUGGUUGACCUUUUUGACCGCGAGUACUAAUAAACGUACAUAACGAAUCGUUUACCUUGUUCAGCUCCGUAUAUGUCUUUCUCGGUCUAACUGUAACCCAAAGCUGCGUCCUUAUCGGACUUACAACGAACUAGCUUCCACACAAUCGAACUUAUCUCGGACCGCACCAUGGUCAUGGUUCGGUACGUACGUUUAUUAGUACCUUUAGGCCUGUACAAAAACUUCAUACCCACAAGAAGUAAACUCCUAAACCUUGCCACUUAAGCCAUUUGAAGCGCUCGGGUGUUUUGUUCGUAAAUAAAACGCGUUAAACGCAUGCGAUCAAUGGAAUGUGUUUGGCGCGUCUGCGCCCCGAAAACACGUCAUUGUUUUUUGCGGCAAACGCAUGCGUUAAGCGUCGCGGCAAGCGCAUUGUGAUGUUUCCUACGUAUAAUAUAUGUAUAUAAAAACAUAUGGCAACUUUGAUUUAUGCGUACAACGCUGCGCCUGUAACGCGAUUUAGGGUCUACCCACACCUAUCAGCGCAUUUCUAUUCAAAGUUACCCCCAACUUACAAUAAAGAUUUCGGAUUUUUUUAUAUUAUUUCCACUCAGAACCACAAUUUCACCGAGAAUCUCUUUCGAUCCUAAUACGAGAAAAAAAGUUGUUAAUUUUCCAUUGGAACUUAGUUCGUUCCGUAAAGAAAUUGUUGAAAUUUGUUUUUUUUUUUCAAAAAAUUAUUGAAAAUUGCCUUGACCAUAUUUCUUUAUGCAACCCUAUUUAUACUCGUAUAUGUUCAGGAAUAUACUUUCUUUCAUAAAAUAUAACCUCAUCCGGUAGGCAGAUCGGUGAAGGUCUUAAAUUGUUGAAUUGUGUUAAAAGUAUGAACAUCGGUACGAUUUAUGUUUAGGUCAUUAGAAUCAAUUUUGAGUCAUCUUGUUUUGUUCAAAAACCUAGCGUGUUUGGUAUUCGAUGAAAGGGCUUUUUGAGCUGAUUCUAAAAAUAUAGCACAUCAAUACAUGUCAGUCAUGUUUUUUUAAAUCAUAAUAAAAGUAAUUUUCAAAUCAUACCAAAUUAGGGCUUGUCCUUUCAACAUUUUUUUGCAAAUGUAAUGUAUCUCAAAUUAUACCUAAUAUCCUCAUAUCUAACCAUAAGAAAGCAAUUUUGAAAAUAUUUACAUUUUCUUAUGGGUAAAUUUCACGAGACUGUGACGUCAGUUCCCAAUUCUUUCGUGUGUUCUUACAUUAAUUAAGCAAAUUUAAGUGUGCAAAUAUCUACCUGUUGUGCUACGCCAGACAUGCAGACACUUAAAUUUGCUUAAUUAAUGUAAGAACAUACGAAAGAAUUGGGAACUGACGUUACAGUCACGAGGAAUUACCCUAUUUAUUAUUUAAAGUAUAUUUUCCAAAAAAAUGUAACGGUAUUGUAUCUGGAGGAGCCCAAACUUGGUAUAUUUUGAUAAAUAUUUUUAUUUUAAUUUUUAAAAAGUGAGUGUAAUAGAAUGACGAGAUAUAUUUACAAUUGGCUUUAAAAAGCCCUUUCAUUUGAUACACACGAUAUGUUUCUGAAAAAACCGGUCCAGUGUGAGUCGGACUCGCACAGGAAGGGCUGCGUACCAUUAUCUAUAAAAAUGGUCACCCAUCCAAGUACUGACCCCGCCCGACGUUGCUUAACGUCGGUGAUUGGAUGAGAAUUGAGAACCUCGAGAUUGGAAAGAAAUAUUUAUUUUAUUCUGUUUUUAGUAUUUGUUUUUAUAGCGGCAACAGAAAUACAUAAUCUGUAGAAAUUUCAACUGGCUAAUAGUUAGCCAGUUGAAAUUAGUUACAGUCUCAGUAAUAGGGUCCGUUUGACCCUUUGGGUACGGAACCCUAAAAAUUUUUUUUUUUCCAUACAAAAAAGAUGACGUCAUAACUCCUCUUUUUUUGGUUGUACGGGUCAUAUUGAUUCAAAUGGCCUUUUAACACCAUUUGUAGCAUUUACUGAAUUUCGGGCUGUACCGCUAGGACUAAAACACAAAAGCUGUCACUAGGACGCCACGUCACCGAAGUGUCAAAGUUCAAAUUGAACUUUAUGAAUGUGCACGUAGGUCUAUGUUGCUCUGUGGUCUGUGACGGAUUAAUUCGUCUUCGGCAUUGGACCUACGGUGCGGAUAUAUCCGUCAUUAACGUCAAAAAGGUUAACGCAGCGUUUAUCGCAUAUAAAACAACCGCGCGCUUUAGUUACUUUGACAGUCUAAGUACCUAAUGGAGACUAGUCGAUAUUGACACAGUGGGCACAACACCUAGUGUAGAUUUUAGAGUGAAGUUGAAAAGGUAAAUAAUAUAAAGUGAAUAACAAUAGUAGAUUACGCAACUAGGGCAUAAAGCGAUAUUUUACCGUAUUUGUUCAAGACUAAAUAAAAUCAUACUCGAGCCGCUCACGGGCGCAGGGCGCGCCGGCAGAGCAGGCAGUUCGUAUGGCAGAUUUUGAACUUUAUUGCUAAGAUAAUAAGGGUCGUAAUAGAUAAUGUUACGUUAUGCUCUAGAGCCUAAUAAGCAAUUUUAUGCCGCUUACUCGCGACUUAAAUGUCAAUAUUACGAGCAUGAGAAGUGAAAAAUACCUAUGCAAAUAUCGUUACAAUUUAGAAGAAUUGAUUGGCGGCGUUAAAUUGAUUGUUUUUUCAAUGGGUAACACAUCAAAAUAGCUGUUAAAAUACAGUGAAAUCCUAAUUCGGGCAGGUAGCAUGCGUAGUUGCGUAACUUAUUUUUAAGUACAAGAAAAUAGUUCCUUAUUAUGUUUUUUAGGUUCCAUGAAGUACCUAUUGAAAUAUAAAAAUUUAAUAAAAAAUAAUGUCUGAAUUACGUAAUUAAUUUUGUUGUAUAUUUUACUUUAAAUACAUACUUAGCUACUGUGUACUUAAAUACCUAUAUUCGCUUUUAUGAAUCAAUGUAGUAAUCUAUGAUCUGCAAAUGUGAUAGAUUUUAUAUCCGUAAAUGCAUUUGGUUACUGUUCCACUGCUUAUGAUUUAAGUGAGAAUCAAUUGUUAUAUCUAUGAACUGGAUUGUAUUCUUGUAUUAUAUUUAUUUGGAUAAAAUAAUGCUUUUUUGCUUACUCUAAACCCAUUCCGUGUACCUAUCCAGAAUGAAGAAAAUCCCGCAAAGGAAAACAAAUUGCAAGCUAAGUUAAUUAGCGCUAAGCCGCUCACCUACACCUACAGCCACAUUACAUACCUAUUAAUAUUUCGGUUUCUUUUGAAGUACAUUAUUUAUUAUCCUAGAGCAAGCUGGACGCCAAAAAACUCUGCAAAUUGUGUUAAAAGCAUGAAAAUCGGUACGAUUGAUCUUUAGGCCAUUUGAAUCAAUUUGACCCGUAGAACCAAAAAAAUUGAGAGAAGUUAAGACGUCAUCGUCAUUUUUUUUCUGUAUCAGACAAAAAAAAAUAGUUCUGAAACCUAUCUCGUGUGUGGUAUUAAAUAAAAGGGCUUUUGACCCGAUUCUAAAAAUGAUCAAUCAAUAAGAUUAGUUUUAAGUAUAAGUACUUAUAGUAUAAGAAUAAAUUGCUGUGCCCUUACAGGGUCUGUAUUCAAUGUAAUAUAUGAGCAAUAAAGAUGU